AUGGAGAACUAUACCUACAACAGCCUGACACUGCAGUUGGAAGGCUUCAAAGUCUCAGAGGAUUUAAUGUAUCCUGUCUUUUUCUUGUUCUUGACUUCCUACAUUCUUAGUAUGUUUAUGAAUAUUGGUAUUCUAAUAGUAAUUAUGAUUGACAAGAACCUUAAGCAGCCCAUGUAUCGGCUGUUUUGUAACCUCUCAGUUAGUGACAUAAUCGGAAUUACUCAAAUUGUGCCUCGCUUGAUUGCAGAUCUUUUGAGGCCUCCCUCUGAGCGUCUCAUCAGUUAUUAUGAAUGUGCUUUUCAGGCUUUUGUCACACAGUUAUUUGCAACAACUUCCCACACUGUGCUCAUGGUUAUGGCCUUUGACAGAUAUGUGGCCAUCUGUAAUCCUCUGCGCUAUACUGCCAUAAUGAGCAACAAAAUGGUGAUCAAGCUGACAGUUCUGGCCUGGGGAGUGGCCUUUGUUUUGGUUGUAAUUCUGAUCAGUCUGACCGUACGGCUGAGCACAUGUAGGACUAUAAUCAAUAAUCCUUUCUGUGACAACGCUUCAUUGUUUAAGCUCUCUUGUGAGAGUGUUCUUAUUAAUAAUGUCUAUGGACUCACUUUCAGUGUGGGUUUGCUCACCUCCUCCAUAGGCAGCAUAGUUCUCACUUAUGCUAACAUUACAGUUAUAUGUCUGAUGAGUAAUAACAAGUCUUUGAACAGUAAAGCCUUAAAAACCUGCAGCACCCAUCUGGUUGUUUAUUUGAUUAUGUUGUUCAGUGGAAUGAUUGCAAUUGCUUUGCAUCGAUUUCCUCAGUACUCUGAUUACAGGAAGCUCUCUGCUAUCUUGUUUGUCAUUGUCCCUGGCAGCCUCAACCCUGUUAUUUAUGGUGUGCAAUCCAAAGAGCUGUCACAGCGUAUGGUGCAAUAUUGUGAGACAACAUGUUGCAGAAGGAAAAUGAAGAAGCAAGGCUGCUAUCUGACACAGCAUUAUUUAAGUGAAAACUGA